UGCGCAUCAGCGAAAGGAUGAUGAUUAAGUUCACAAUAGUUUAGUCCAGAACCUUCCAUUCGUUUCUCUUAGUUCUGAGAGAUUGUAACAGUGUUAACGUAUUCUGCCUGUUCACGCAGAGAAGAAAGCUUUUCAUUCGCGAAAUUUAUAUUUUAAGCAUAACCACGCCAUCUCAAAGGCUUAAAAAUGGUAAAGGAAACUACAUAUUACGAUAUAUUGGGUGUAAAACCAAAUUGUACAGUUGAAGAAUUAAAGAAAUCUUACAGGAAAUUGGCUUUAAAAUACCAUCCUGAUAAAAAUCCUUCUGAAGGAGAAAAGUUUAAACAAAUAUCUCAGGCAUAUGAAGUUCUGUCUAAUCCAGAAAAGCGUCGAAUAUAUGAUCAGGGAGGAGAACAAGCUAUCAAAGAAGGUGGCGUUGGCAGUGCCAAUGGAAUGUCUUCCCCAAUGGACAUUUUUGAUAUGUUUUUCGGAGGUGGUACUAGGAAACGUGAUAACAAAAGUGCGAAUGUUGUUCACCAAUUGGGUGUUACACUUGAAGAACUGUACAAUGGUGCAGUGAGAAAAUUAGCUGUACAGAAAAAUGUUAUCUGUGAUAAAUGCGAAGUUCUAAUUUCAGGUGAAGUAAUCAAGCAUCAAUCGCUAAAAUGUAUUCUAAACGAAGGCAUGCCUCAGUAUAAGAAUCCGUUUGAAAAGGGCAGACUUAUAAUACAAUUUAUUGUGAAUUUCCCAGAAACUAUCGAUCACGUUGCAGUUCCCCAGUUAGAAGCUGUUCUACCACCCAGACCUGAACAUAUUAUUCCUGAUGAUGCUGAUGAGGUUCCUUUAAUGGAUAUUUCACCUGAUCAUGAUUCUAAAUAUCAAAGAUACAAACAAGUAUAUGAAGAAGAUGAACAUGAUGGACCUCGAGGUGUACAAUGUCAAACUCAUUAGGACGAUUUAUGUAAACUAAGAACUUAUGUUCAAUUAUAUAUAUACACACACAUACAUUCUUACAUACAUAUUUAUUUUCUUUCAGUUUGUAAUUAUGAGCUGCAUUUUUGCUGUAGUACAGGGAGACAUUGUAAACUUUAAUUGUUCAGUACUUCUGUAUGUAUUUAUUUACCUGUAUUUGAUUCAUUAAAAUUUGUUUUAUUUUCAGUUUA